GCUGUUUAACCGUGUACCCGGUGCUGGUAUCUAGUCCAAAAAUAACAGUUCCAAUGGAGAGUAGCAAAAUGGUACAAGGAAGGCUCCCCCAAGCCUAUGGACAAAGGAUGCUUUUUACAGGUAUGUGUCACAUAAUUAUUGGGUUUGAUGUAGAAUGUUACAAGGGUAGAAAUAGGUUACAACAAUCACCUCUUAUUACAUAGUCUAUUGUGUGUAGCCUACAGUAUGUUCCAUUUUAUUCAUGGUGUAUAUAAUUAGGCCUAUUUUGGAAAUUAUACAUUAGGGGUCUGUCAUGAUAUGAAUAUUGGUAUUUUGUGAUUUCAAUGACAUAUAGAUAGGUCAGGACAAGAAACUGCUGGGGUGAGUGGAUGAGAGAUACUUGACACAGCAUUUUCAUUGGCAAAUGCACUCUCUGUGUGUAAAAUGAAACCACCCUACCAUCCUAUUCCUUAGGGCACUACUUUAGACUAGGGAAAAGUCUAAACGGGAUCCUUUGGACAUCCCAACUCUGACGUCACCCCAUGGAAGUUCACAUUUAAAAUGGUUAAGGUACGAGUUAAUGUUAGGGUAAUGGUUAGGUAAGAGUUAAGGUUAGGGUAGGGUUUAAAGUUAGGGUUAGGGUUUAGGGUAUGGACGUCCCAAGGAUUCCGGAUAGAACAAACCUUUAGACUAGGGCUCUGUGUUGCUCACGAUUUUAUGAAUGGUUCUCACAUUUCACUAUGUUGAUUCUAAUAAGGUCCAGAUGGAAUUGGAGACUACAGGGCAAGAUUGAUCGACUUUCCCCGCUACAUUGGCGAUGGCCCUUUGUCACCUGAGGGUACAAGCGAUUUGAAUUACCUGUGCCGGCCUGCUCCCUGCACCCCACCCCCCAUGCCCAAACAGUGCUACAUUGGAGGGGUGGGAUGGGGCAUGCAAUAUCACCAGCUGUUGAACAGUAGGACGCUGCACAGCAAUAUGCAAAUUAAGGUGGGGCCCAAAUGAAGCCUGUGAGCUGGAUGUUAAUUAGAUUAUUAAUAAAGGAGGGAGUUAGGCGACCUUGUUGAACAUUUAGUAGAUUAGCCGCAUCAUGUAUUUUAUUGUGGUAUGACAUAAUGGAAAUGCAACAUAUGCAAAUGUAACCUGGUGUUAUCAAGACCUAUAUGAGUAUUGUCUUAUGUUUAAGACAAGUUAGUUUGUUCUCAUUGAAAAGUCAUGCAGCAUGUUUAAAUGGCUCAUGGUAACAUUAUUGAUGUUACCUGCCACAAUGGUAAGAAUGUUGUCACAAAACAAUAGUGUAAUCAUGAUUUUAUAAUCAUAGAGAUCCUCUUAAAUUACUAGAGGGGCUAUGUCAUAAGCCCUCAAAGUUCCAUAAUGGGGUGAAAAUGGCAGCCAUCUUGGUCAGGGAGAAAUCCAAAACCAGUCUAAUUUCAAUGAAUGGCAGGAGAGGCAUAGGUGAUGCAUUUCCUGCUUUUACUUAUGCAGGAAAUUAAAAGUAAGGCAUGUGAUCUAUCAACAUUUGUUAAUGGAAUUAUAGUCAACCUAAAAUAUUGUCAUAUAAUUAUAAAUACAGUUUAUAUGGGUUUUAUGUGAGUGCUAUUAUAUGAUACAAUAUCAGUACUUGUUGCAUUUACAACUUGUCCAAGUCCUAUCAUCAACUGAUUUGAGCCAGUGUAUGGCUAUGGAUGGACUGCAUUCUUUGAAUGGAAUGUUGGCAUAUUGGCAGUUCAUUUGAAAAAUUAAUGGGAUCAUUCCUCUAAAACUGGCUGGCUAAUUAGCUAACACACAUACAGUGCAGAUACAUUCUUCACAUUCAUUGUUUUACACAAUAUCGUAUCACAGCACUGGCAAACCAUGGUUGACCAACUCCCUGACCAACAUGGCUGACCUUUGGACCUUCAUAAUAAGGUUAAUGUCCAUUCUACUAUUCUAAUUAAUAAUGAUAUGGUCACCUGUCACUAUGGCCAGAAUGAUGUCAUAAGAGAAUACUGUAGUCAUGAAGUCAUAGCUCACCAGAGCUGUGUACCGGCACCUCAUAUUUUCUACUGCUUGAGCUCCUGUUCCUCUUAUAGAAUAUUAGCUCAAAAGUAUCGUGGAGCUCCUGCAUCUAUAAAUGUAAACAGUACGGGCACCCAAAAUAAGAACCGGCACCUAUUUCAGUCUAAGUCAAGCACUACGAUCACCUGUCACAAUGCUCAAAACUGUAAUCAUGAUUCUCAACAAAUUAUGCCACAGUGCUUGAAUGUUGUCAGGAGACAACAAUACUCUAAUCACGAUUCUCAAAGUUGUCAUGACUCAUGACCCUAUUCUGACACAUUCUCAUUCUGAUGCCGGCAUUACAUCGGUAUUAAGACAAGCCACUUAAAUUGUGACAAUUUAUUAUAUUCGUUCAAAUGUUAUAACAUACAAAGUGACUCAGACCAUAUUGUUCCUACAGAGAGCUGAAUUCCGCUCAGACCUUGAGGACAGAGUCACCCACAGAUAUCAAAACCCAUGGUAGGCCCCACAUGUGGUAACCCACACUUUAUUUAAUGUAUUUUAUUUUCAGCCAGUCAGAAUCACUUUACCUGCACGCUGUGCACAUUUCCAAUGAGAAAGUGAUAGCAUCACAGCAGGCUUGUGGAGUGUUGAGUGAACGUAGGUGCACUGUUUUCCAUCCAUUAUUCACUGCUUCCACUUUUGCAGGAACGCACCGCCCCACUUUCUAGAUAAGCAAUCUGUUGGAGCCCGCAGCAAACUCGCAUGGACACACAACAAGUAUGACUGUUACAUCCCAGAUAACAACAAACAGUUCCUUCUCAACAGGCAAGUCAUUAACUACAGAAAUGGGACAUUUCCUCCCUUCAAACACCAGUAUGAAGGACACAUUGCAUAACGGAAGAUAUAUUUGACCCAGUAAACCCAAUUGUAAGGGAGAGGAUGAGGGGCCCCUCUUUUGACACGCACUCCUAUUUCUGCAUAGGCCUUGUUCUCAGGGCGUAUCUGACCUCUCAUUUGAUAUGUCACUUUUUGUAUUAUGAAACUAUAGCCACAGCAUUUGAGGAAUUCGAACAUGUGAUGCAAAUUUAUUAUAAAGUUUCAGGGCCAUGCGUGAUACAGUGCCUUGCAAAAGUAUUCAUACCCGUUGGAUUUCUUCACAUUUUAUUUUGUUACGAAGUGGGAUUCAAAUGUAUUUAAUUGUCAUUUUUUUCUCAACAAUCUACUCAAAAUCCUCUAAUGUCAAAGUGGAAGAAAAAAUGUUAAGAUCUUUUAAAGAUUCAUAAAAAUGUGAUAGCUAAAAUAUAGUCGUUGCGUAAGUAUUCAGCCCCUAUCUUCAGGCAAGCCUAAAUUAUUUCAGAGGGCAAAUUUUGCUUAACAAAUCACAUAAUAAGUUACAUGGACUCACUCUGUGUGAAAUAAUAGAGGUUUACAUUAUUGUUUAAUGACUAACCCUUCCUUUGUCCCCCAUACAUACCACAUCUGUAUGGUCCCUCAGUCAAGUAUUGCAUUUCAAGCACAGAUUCAUCUACAAAGACAUGGGAGCUUUUGGAAAGCCUCAUAAAGAUGGGCAGUGAUUGAUAGAUGGGUAACAAUAACAAAUCAGACAUUGAAUAUCUCUUUAAGCAUGGUCAAGUUAAUAAUUAUGCUGUGGAUUAUGUAUUAAACCACCCAGACACAUCAAAGUGUCAGUCCUUCUGAACUGAGCUGCAGGACAGGAAUAAAACUGCUCAGGGAUGUUACCAUGAGGUCAUUGGUGAUUUUAAAACAGUUACAGAGUGGCUGUGAUGGGAGAAAACUGUGGAUGGAUCAACAACAUUGUAGUGACUCCACAACAAUGACUUAAAUGACAGAGUGAAAAGAAGAAUACAAAUAUACAGAAUAAAAUAUUCUAAAACAUGCAUAUUGUAUACAACAAGGCACUAAAGUAAUACUGCAAAAAAAAACAUGGCAAAGGAAUACACUUUUUGGCCUAAAUGCAAAGACUUAUGUUUGGGGCAAAUCCAACCCAUCACUGAGUAACUGCCUCCUCAUUUUCAAGCAUGGUGGUGGCUGCAUCAUCAUAUGGGUAUGCUUGACAUCGGCAAAUACUGGGGAGAGCUAAGCACAGGCAAAAUCCUAGAGGAAAACAUGCUUCAGUCUGCUUUUCACCAGACACUGGGAGAGGAAUUAUCCUUUCAGCAGAACAAUAACCUACAACACAAGGCCAAAUCUACUGUACACUGGAGUUGCUUACCAAGAAGACAGUGAAGGUUCCUAAGUGGCCAAGUAACAGUUUUGACUUAAACCUGCUUGAAAAUCUAUGGCAAGACUUGAAAAUUGCUGUGCAGCCGUGAUCCCCAACAUCUUGACAGAGCUUGAAGAAUUAUGAAAAGAAUUAUGGGCUAAUAUUGCACAAUGUGUAAAGCUCUAAAAGACGCAAGAAGACUCAAAGCUGUAAUCGCUGCCAAAGGUGUUUCUAACAUGUAUUGACUCAGGGGGCUGAAUACUUAUGCAACGACUAUAUUUUAGUUAUUUAAUUUCUAUUCAUCUUUUUAAAAAGUUUUUUUUUUUUAUCUUCCACUUUCACAUUAGAGUAUUUUAUGUAGAUGGUUGAUUUUGUCAUUUUUUAAAAUCCAUUUUAAUCCCACUUUGUAACACAAUAAAAUGUGAAGAAAUCCAAGGGUUAUGAAUAAUUUUGCAAGGCACUUUUUGGUCGGUGAAUGAACCCAUUCAAACCACACAUCAUGCUUGACCAUUUCUGUGUGUAGUAUUUUUAGUGAACAGUAUUCAUUAGAAGGAUUAUUAUGAAGGGUUAUUAUGAUAUUUUUGCCUGACAAAUACCUACAACUCAUAAAUGCUUCUUUGUUUUUCCCUUCCUAGAGAGAUUAACUCGUUCAGAGAAAAGCUGCAGGUGCCUCACAAAUUAGUUCCCCUGAAAUAGUUUGGGUGAAGAACGGAAGAUGAUUCAAUCAGCUGUGUUGUCCUGAAGACCUGACCAAGUGUCUGAUAAACACCACCUUGUCACCUACUGUAUACAAAAGUG